CGGAAAGGAUUUCUCAUAUUUCCCAUUUACAAUUACACCUGCGAAAUCCAAAAGUGACCUUUCUCUCAUUUUCGUACUUUUUCCAGCUUCAAUGGCAGAACAUUCCAAACUACUUAAUCUGUGAUUAACCCUACAUCAUCACGCUCUCUCUCUUUUGUCUUUCUUAGGCUUCUCCACACUUUUUGGAGCUCGAAAUGCAAGGCACAAUUGUUAUAGCAUUGCUAAUUCUGGUUCCACACUUAUUAUUAGUGGACGGGGAAGAGUUCAAAGGAGAUUUCAGGAAGUUGUCUGGUAUAAUUAUCCCAGGAUUUGCUUCAACCCAGUUGAGAGCUUGGUCCAUUCUUGACUGCCCUUAUUCUCCCCUUGAUUUUAAUCCUCUUGAUUUAGUUUGGCUUGAUACAACCAAGCUGCUUUCUGCUGUAAAUUGCUGGCUCAAAUGUGUUAUGCUAGAGCCUUACAACCAGACAGAUCACCCUGAAUGCAAGUCAAGGCCUGAUAGUGGACUCUCUGCAAUAACAGAACUUGACCCAGGUUACAUAACAGGUCCUCUCUCCUCUGUGUGGAAAGAAUGGGUUAAAUGGUGUAUUGAGUUUGGUAUAGAGCCAAAUGCAAUAAUUGCUGUUCCUUAUGAUUGGAGACUAUCACCAUCAAAACUUGAGGAACGAGACCUUUAUUUCCACAAACUCAAGCUGACUUUUGAAACUGCCUACAAACUUCGUGGGGGCCCGUCAUUAGUGUACGCUCAUUCACUUGGAAACCUUGUUUUUCGAUACUUUCUAGAGUGGUUGAAGCUUGAAAUAGCUCCAAAAGAAUAUAUGAAUUGGCUUGAUAAACACAUCCAUGCCUAUUUUGCUGUUGGAGCCCCUUUUCUUGGUGCAACGGAGACGAUCAAGGCUGCAAUUUUUGGUUGCACCUUCGGCGUUCCAGUUUCUGAGGGAACUGCUCGCUUAAUGUUCAAUUCUUUUGGUUCAUCAAUGUGGAUGUUGCCAUUUUCAAAAUACUGUAGAACAGAUGAUAAGUACUGGAAGCACUUUUCUGAGAAGAGCAGGGCUAUUCAUCACGCAUAUCACUGUGAAGACGAGGAGUUCAAUGGAAACUAUUCAGGGUGGCCUACAAAGCUUAUCAACAUUGAGAUUCCUUCUUUUCACAGUUCUGAUGCUUACCCAUCUGUUGUGGAUGUAAUGGAGAAUACUAGCAUGGAAUGCAGUCUUCCAACUCAAUUAUCCUUCACUGCUCGGGAAAUAUCAGACGGAACCUUCUUCAAAGCAAUACAGGAUUAUGAUCCAGAUAGCAAAAGGCUUUUGCACCAGUUGCAAAAGUCAUAUCAUGGAGAUCCUGUAUUGAAUCCACUCACUCCUUGGGACAGACCACCUCUGAGAAAUGUUUUCUGCAUUUAUGGGGUAGAUUCAAAAACAGAGGUUGGUUACUACGUUGCUCCCAGUGGAAAGCCUUAUCCUGAUAAUUGGAUCGUAACUGAUAUCAUUUAUGAGAUAGAAGGAUCUUUGUAUUCGAGGUCUGGAAAUCUCGUUGAAGGGAACCCUGGAGCUACAAGUGGAGAUGAGACUGUAUCGUAUCAUUCCCUUUCUUGGUGCAAAAAUUGGCUGGGACAAAAAGUGAACAUUACAAGGACUCCUCAGUCAGAGCAUGACGGAUCAGAUGUUCAGUUAGAACUAAAUGUAAUACAUGAUCAAGGAGCUGACAUAAUUCCGAAUAUGACAAAGUCACCUAGAGUAAAGUACAUAACAUACUAUGAAGAUUCUGAAAGCAUUCCUGGAAGGAGGACAGCUGUGUGGGAGCUUGAUAAAGUAAAUCACAGGAAUAUGGUCAGAUCUCCAGCAUUAAUGAGAGAGUUGUGGCUUGAGAUGUGGCAUGAUAUGCAUCCUGCUGCAGAGUCAAAGUUCGUCACUAAAGAAAAGAGGGGACCUUUAAGGAAUGACGACUGUUAUUGGGAUUAUGGAAAAGCUCGUUGUGCGUGGCCUGAAUAUUGUGAAUAUAGGUAUGCAUUUGGUGAUGUUCACCUUGGGCAGAGUUGUAGGUUAAAGAAUUCUUCAGCAGAUCUUUUGUUACAUUAUAUAUAAUAUGGAAAGAUUACAUAUUGAGCCACCGACUUCUUGCGUCCACUUUAUUGGUAAAGAAUGCCACUUCAUUGCGCUUGCACACAAACUGGCGGUGUAUCAGAAGAGCUCACAUGUUCGGAGUUACAAAUCUCGCUGUAUAUCUUCUUAAACAUAAGAUUGCCUUGUGAUUCUUGAUGACUAUGAAGUUACCUUAGACCCAUCCAAGAAAGCAGAUUUAGCAAUCAACACGAAAGAGGCAUGUAACUCAGUAGACUGAUAAUUAAUUUCUGAUGUACAUAAUUACAUAUUAUUUCUACUUUUAUCAUUACGAGUAACAAAUUCUUGUA